GGGCAGUUAACUCGUGCCGGUAAUGUCUCAUCAUUUUUAUCUCGACUUUCAUUGAAAUAUAUAAGGAUGAUGUUCGUUUAAAAACACGAGCUUCGCUAUCAAGAAACCAGCCAUCCUACGUGUAACUACAUACAAUACUGUCAGCCCGCCAAAUGCCAUCAACGACUUGUUUAUUGAUUGAUCGCUGACAGGUACACCAACCUCUGCCAACUGAUUACAAUACACCUAUUGUCCUCACCUACAGUCAUCGACCCAAGCAAGGGAAACUCCGUCCAGUCAUCCAGUCAUCCAGUCAACUGCGCAUGGGCCCGUCCCACCCACCUGACAACCCCGUGCCCCAUGGGUUGGGUCAAUGGACGAGGUCCAUCUAGACAAAACACGAGACAAGCAGCACUCACAACCUGCACCUACAGUUGGAUCAAUAGCGUUGGGACCUGAUACAUUAGCCACACGCCGAGCAUGGAUGUACUGUGUUGUCCACACACACGUUACUGUGUGAUUUAUUUUCUCGUUAUAUAUGUAUCCACAGCCCUGCGUGGAGUGGGGUGUGUUUGUGAUGAGACUUCUGUGACAAGAGCCCAGGAAUGCGUGGGGAAAUUUUCUGACGGCUCAGACCUCAUUAGUGGCGACAACAUUCAACAAAUUGGAUACGCUUGCAGCAAUGGAGAUCUUCUUACCGCGGUUAGCUGUGCCGAACGAGUGUUAGAUGAAUGUAAACACGAGACCACAGACCACGCCUACUAUCUACGCGGUCUGUUUGACAUCGAGAGCCAGAGAAGGAGCGUCAACUACUUCUGUACUCAUUUCAAACUUUUUGAGAAAAAUGCAGACUGCAUCUCCAGACAACAUACAGAACAGGAAGUGUGUGCAGAGGAGGCGGUCAACAACUUCAAAACACAAUCUGAAGCCACAUCCAACAUUGAUGCUCUCAUGAGUUUUCAGUGCAUAUUUUUCCAAGCCACAAAAAAAUGCCAGCUGGAUGUGUUGAAAAGCAAAUGUUCAAGUGACGCGGUGGACAUUGUGAGAAUAAUACUUGAAGGUUUCCAGCCUCCGAUCUGUUCCUCAACAGUAAGAGCAGAGAGUAGAGACAAUGAUAGCAACAACAGCUCCACUUCUAUAGCCCUUAGCUUAAUUGUCUUUGUUAUAAGUCUUUUAUCAACAAUAGAUAGAUUUUACUUUGUAGUAUAAAUAAUGAUCAAAGACUUCCUACAUCCACAGACACAAUCAGAAUAAUUUUAUUUUUAAAUUGUCUGAAAUUAUUUAAACUCCAAAAUGACAAGAUGGUUGCAUGAAGGACAUUCACAUGUUGGGCUAUGUUGGGAGAGUGGGUUUUUUACCAUAUAUCUGCAUCAAUAAAAUUUUAAUAUUUCUACAUUCUUGUAGAAAAUACUGGAAAGAUAAAUUUGUUUACCAUUAAAAUGUAACUCAUUUUAACAUUUUUUUUCAAAGCCAAAUAAUGAAAGAUAAAAUCUUGUGCUAUUGUGUAUACUUGUACCACAUGUUAUAUUUUGUAUAUAAUGCAUAAUGUUAGAUUUUGAUUUGAUAGAAUAUGGUUUGUAAAAAAAGCUGAAGGAAUUUAAAUUGCACAACAUUGUAAAUAACCAUUGUUAUAAAUUAGCUCUAUUGCCUUGUAGAUGUUAAAAAAACUAUUGAUUUAAAUAUCUUAAUUUUAUGUCUGUACUGUAUGCACAAGAGUAAGUUUAUAAUUUUAUUUAUUUUUUUACUUGCUCCAAUCUAUUACAUUUUUUUAAUUUCAUCUGCUAGACAUUCCCACCUCAAUAACAAUUGUCUCGUUUAAAAAUACUUGCAGAUUUUCAUUAAUCCAAAAUAUUUUUCUGGAACAAUUAGUUAUUGUAUUUUUCAAGUAUUAGUUAAACAAGGUGACAUUUAUCAAAAGGGAUUUUGCCCAACUAGCUCAACAAAAUCAUUAAGGGGGGACCAGUAGUGAAAACACCUUUUGUUACAAGAUACAUGCUUUUUUAAAAUUGUAUUAAAAUACUUUAAAGAUUAUAAUAUUGUAGCCUACUUAUUUGGGGUCAAUUUUUACAUUUUAGCCAAAUUAGGGGUCAAAGUGAACAAUUUCGAGGUGCACAGUGGAAACAAAAUAACUAAACAAAUAAUUUAAAAACAAUGCAAAAUAACUUUGCACAUUCCUAGUAGACAUGACAAAGGACGGUUUGCCAAAAGGAAAUUAUGAUAUCUUACAAAAUGAAUUUUUUGUGCAAUUUUUAAAAACAAUUGAAGUACAGCGAAACCCUUCUACUGAUUUGUAGAUACAUAUAUUCGCAACAUACAAUGUUCAUUUGAAGUAUUUCUGAUUGGCCCAUUUUGAGAUAAAUUGAUUCCCCUGAGUUCUAUACUGUAGAAUUGACAAAACAGGGACAACUAAAAAUGAAGCUUUAUUUUCUAAAUAUUUUAUCAUAUAAAUGUAUGUAUUAGCAUACAAAUGAAAAAUCUUGAUACAUAAUAACUUUUCCGAUAAUAUUUAUGGGGAAAACAGCAGCUUACGACUUAACAAUAAUAAAAAAAAAUUAUUCCAACCUUCUCUAGAUAUUCAAAAUCCCAAAAAAUAAGAUAAACAAAAAUGAUUUUAGAUGAAAAAAAUUGAAAUAUUUCAACGUUGACUACCAGUCCCCCCUUAAGACAAACUAUAUUGUGCAUUUGGUCUUACUCUGCUAACAGUCCAUAUAAUAAAAUCAACUCUCCUAAAGAGUCAUUUUGGGGGUUCCGAAUUUUAUUUUGUGUAGAUUUGGGAGAAGAAUUCAAAAUUGUGCAUUUUUGUAGUUUAAAUGAAUUAAUAUAUACAAUGUUGACACAGCUUAGUAGAUAUUUUAGAAAAAAAAAAUCAAUGUUUUAAAAUACAAAACCUGCAGUCAAUAAAGGGGGUGGGGGGAGGGUAAAAAAAAAUUGUCCAAAACAGCAUGAUGUUGUAUUUAUAGAUCUCAUCUUGAAUUUAGAUUAUAUAGUUUAGUAUUAAUGUUGUGAAGUCCAACCUAAUUAAGACACUUCUUUAUGUGCAGUAUGGCCCAGUGGAUUGCUAGACAUACCUGAAUUACAGGUAGUGCAUUGACAUGCCUGAAUUACAGGUAGUGUAUUGACAUACCUGAAUUACAGGUAGUGUAUUGACAUACCUGAAUUACAGGUAGUGCAUUGACAUGCCUGAAUUACAGGUAGUGUAUUGACAUACCUGAAUUACAGGUAGUGUAUUUGUAAAACUUUUAUGUAUUUCUAGUGUUUAAUUUUAUUUUUAAACAGAACUACAACAUAUAUUACAAACCAAAGUAGGACUAUAUAAUGACUAUUAUUUUACCAUUCCAAAAUGGUUGUGUAUCAUAUUUACAUUAUCAAGAUCAUAAAUAUUUUACAUUUGCUAUGUAACAGCUAUACUACUAACUAGGCUAAAUUUUAAUGUUUUUGAACAUUUGAUAGACAAUAAUUUCAGGUUUAGAAAAUACUAUUCUCAGAACAUUUAUUCAGAUACCAUAUAUAUAUAUAUAUAUAUAUAUAUAUAUAUAUAUAUAUAUAUAUAUAUAUAUAUAUAUAUACUUUUUUAAAAAAUAACCGUGUUUUUGUAUGUGCUUGAUGAUCAUAAAUGCAAGUGUUUUUUCAACAGAAUUUUAAGUUAAAUGGGUGUAGCAUAUUAGUGUUCCAGGUGGUAAAAACCAUAUGUGGUCAUCCCCAUAGUUAACUGUCAUAUAGAAUGUAGGCUAAAUGUUCACUUUUACUUUGUUGUUAAUUCUUCUUAGUUUUAAUAUUCUGCUCUUUGAUUUGUUGAAAUUAUCACAUGCUUUUGUAAAUUUGUGACCAGUGAUUUGUUCAUUGAAGUGUGUACAACUUCAAAGGUUAAAUAUUUUAAAUAUAAUUUAUUCUGAUUUUUAAAACAAUUUUCGUGCAAUUUUAUUUUGUAUAUUUUAUAUUUAUUCACUCCACCUGCUUGUUAAUUGCUAAUCCUAUUUACCUUUUUUUUUUACAACUGCUGCAUUUAUUCAUCUUCAACACAAGUGUUUUUUGUCAAAUCUUUUCAAAUUUUUUAAAUUCUUGAAUUUGAAUGUUAUUUUAUUUUCUUUGAAAACUUUUGAUUGGUAAAAUUAAAAUAAACGUUUGUCAUGCUGUAAAAAUAUGAAGACAACAGUAGGAAUGACACCUUUGUUUUUUGUUUUCGUUGUCUGACAAUGCUAUGAUCCAAAGAGUUGAACAAAAUGAAUGUUUUUAAGUUGUUUUAAACUUCAUUUUUUUAAAUUGAAGCCUUUCACUUGGUGCAACAUGUGCAUUAUUUUUUAAAUUUAUAUUAUACUGUUAUAGGCACUAAAUAGGUUACCUAGCAUUAUAUUGUAUUUAUCUUUUUAGAACUUUGUCUUAAAAAUUAACUAUGCAAUUGUUUUAUUUUGCUUAAGAAGUUUUUUAAUCUCAACAAAAAACCUGCUGCCUUAAGAUGUGGUUCAAUUUAUCCAGGCAAUCAAAAAGGCCGACAAUGUCUAUUUAAUUUACAACAAUAACAUCAAGAUGUGAAAUUUUAGUGUCAACAUUUUCUAAUUACAACUUGUAAAGAAUGAACAUUUCAUUAUGUUUUAUAUUUAAAUAAAUAGUAGAUCAAUAGUAAUGUAGAAAAAGUACUCAAAAACCAUGUCUGAAAAAAGGAAAUGUGCACUAUGGUAAACUCCACUUAUCAUGAUUUUUGACUAAAUGUACUUACUUUUAAUUGACAUUUUCACCAGUGUAUUGUGAAAUUUUGUUUAUUUCACUAGUGACAUCUGUAAGUUAUUUAUAAGCAAUAUUAUUUCACAAAUAGUAUUUUUUGUUGUAUUGAUAUUUGUUUUUAAUUAAUAAACAACGCUUUUCUAAUAGUACUUCUAUUAAAUUUGUAGGAAUUUGA